UUAAAUAAUUAAAACAGAAAUAUUGUUGGUAGUGGGUGACAUGCUGCAAAAGAGUAUCCAUCCAGAAAUACCAUUGCUUCAUUCUUUCACCAUCUUCUCUUCCAUCUCCCACCCCCAAUUCACCCAAAUCCCAUUAAUCACCACCACCACCACCACCACCAAUGGUUGCCAAUUCUGCAGUAAACAUUCCAAUUUGCCCCACAAUGCUACCUGCAAAAUGGGUCUCCCCCAAAUCCCAAUUCACAGCCCUAACUUACACAUUCCCAUCAAAACCCCCAAAAUUCACUGUCAAAUCAGCCUCUCAAGAUACAGAAAACAGUCAACAACCUUCUUCAUCUUCGUCUUCAGACAGUAGUAAUAAGAAGAACCCACUUGCAGUUGUUGUUGAUAUCCCUCGAACCAUCUGGAAACAGACGCUGCGCCCUUUGAGUGAUUUCGGGUUCGGUCGCAGGAGCAUUUGGGAAGGUGGGGUGGGGUUGUUUGUGGUGUCGGGUACGGUGUUGUUGGCGUUGAGUUUGGUUUGGUUACGGGCGUUUCAGGUGAAGUCUCGGUUCAGAAAGUAUCUUGCUGUGUUUGAGUUCUCGCAGGCGUGUGGGAUUCAAACGGGUACGCAGGUUCGGAUCAGAGGGGUUACUGUUGGUAAUGUUAUUCGGGUUAAUCCGUCUUUGAAAAGUAUUGAAGCUGUUGUUGAGGUUGAAGAUGACAAGACAAUUAUACCCAGGAAUUCAUUGAUUGAGGUGAAUCAGUCUGGGCUUUUGAUGGAGACAAUGAUUGAUAUUACGCCUCGAGAUCCGAUUCCGACACCUUCGUUCGGGCCUUUGGACCCGAACUGUGUUAAAGAAGGUUUGAUCAUGUGUGACAGACAGAAGUUGAAAGGAUACCAGGGUGUGAGUUUGGAUGCGUUGGUGGGGAUCUUUACGCGUCUUGGAAGAGAAGUGGAACAAAUCGGUGUUGCUAACACUUACGCGUUGGCCGAACGGGCUGCAGCUGUUAUUGAUGAAGCAAGACCAUUGCUUUUGAAGAUCCAGGCCAUGGCUGAGGAUGUUCAACCUAUGCUGGCAGAGGUUCGAGACAGCGGUUUACUGCAGGAAGUCGAAAGUUUGACCAAAAGUCUGACUCAAGCAUCAGAGGAUUUGAGAAAGGCACAUGCAUCUAUUAUGACUCCAGAGAACACUGAGUUGAUUCAGAAAUCCAUCUACACCCUUGUAUUUACUUUGAAGAAUAUCGAGAGUAUAAGCUCUGAUAUUCUGGGAUUCACUGGAGAUGAAGCUACCCGAAAAAAUUUGAAGGCGGUCAUCAAGUCACUUAGCAGGCUAUUAUGAAGACUAAAAGCACGAUUUAGAACCCUUACAGUGAAAACGUUUAUAUUAUAGAUCCCUGUUGUGAUUCGGGUUUUGAUUAGUAUGCCAAGCAGGCUCAACUCAAAAGGACCCGUAGGAUUGAGAUUUCAAAAUAUUGUUACUUUGUAUUAGCUUAAACAAAAUAUAUUCAUAUAAUAACAUUUUGCAUCAAUUUCAGUAGA